UGACAUGUUUGGCUAGAACUGUCAGAAAUCUUGAUUAGUGUCAAAUAUUCGCGUUUAUUUCUUUGUGCAAACUUUUAUUUAAUACUGUAAUUCAACUCGAAGUAACUAUGGAAGCUUUCUUAUUUGAAAAUCGAUCAUUGUUUUAAUACGAGUGUCAAAUAGGGGCGAUUGUGUAGUGGAAAACUACGAAAAGUAUCAGUAUCAUUACUUCGAUGGCAAAGCGCAUAAUUUCAGUAUCCACAAAUGAAACGAAUCCAUCAGGAGUCAAUGAACAGCUCCCAGAGACAAUUAAUGAUGUAUUUCGAUGCUUCAUAUGCAUGGAAAAAUUGCAAGAGGCACAUCUGUGUCCACAUUGUUCUAAACUUUGCUGUUAUCUGUGUAUUUCCCGUUGGCUAACUGAGCAACGCCGCCAAUGCCCCCACUGUCGUGCUACUUUGCAUGUUUCGGAAUUGGUGAAUUGUCGUUGGUUUGAAGAAGUUGCAGUUCAUAUAGAAAAUCUUCAACAGUUUCGUUGCACUCAGAUAUGUCAGAACAUAAAAUCCUCGAACUUAAGCCAUCGCGAUCAAGAUCAAUGUUUAACACACAAGGAAAAAUUAAGUGUGUUUUGCUGGACCUGCAUGAAAUGCAUUUGUCAUCAAUGUGCACUAUGGGGCGGGACUCAUUCUGGACAUACUUUCAAACAAUUAGAGCUGGUAUAUGAAACUCAUUUGACCCAGGUCAAGGAGGAACAACAGCAGCUAAAAAGCCGCCUGCUGGAAUUGAUUACUUUAGUGCAAGAUGUAGAGCAAAACGUGGAAACCGUUCGCAAUGCUAAGGAUGAACGAGUCAGCGAAAUUAGAACCGCCGUAAAUUUGAUUGUGGGGAGAUUGGAUUCUCAACUAAAAGGCAAAUUGCUUACACUUAUGCGUCAAAAAAAUUCCUUAACUCAAGAGACUGAGCAGCUGGAACACUUAUUACAGGAAAUCGAGCAUCAGCUGAACACGUGCUCUAAAUCACGUCUCAUCAUGAAAUCAGCCGAAUUGCUCAAAAUGAUCAACCAAGUACGAAACAAACCUAUGGCUAGUUAUAUAACUGCUCCAGUACCAGCAGAUUUUUUAAGCGAGAUCGUACCUGCUUACGACACCGGAGUGUUUUUGAUGCAGAACUUCUCUAAACUGCAAAAGAAGGCCGAACCAGUUUAUUCCAGUCCGCUCUAUGUCAAUGGACUAUGUUGGAGGCUGAAAGUGUACCCAGGAGGAAACGGUGCCGUGCGAAAGGAAUAUCUUAGUGUAUUUCUGGAACUUACCGUUGGUUAUCCUGAGACUAGCAAAUACGAAUAUAGGGUUCAAAUGAUCCACCAAAAUUCAUCGAAAAUCAUCCAGCGAGAGUUUGUUUCGGACUUCGAAAUUGGAGAAUGUUGGGGUUACAAUCGAUUCUUCCGAUUGGAUCUACUAGCAGAUGAAGGAUACCUGAACAUAAUAAAUGAUACACUUGAACUACGUUAUCAGGUGCGACCAUCAACUUUUCAUCAAAAAUGCCGUGACCAACAGUGGUAUAUAAAUAAUUUGCUUCGAACACAAGCGCUUCAUUUGACUGAAAUCAAAGCGCUUAAUGAACGCUUAGAAUGUGCUGAACGCCUCUUAAGCAAUAGCAAUACAAGAUCACCAUCGUCCACUGGUACCGAAAUUAAUGUUCGAAAAUCUCGCAGUACUUCGAACGCUUCAUCGACGUAUAGCAAUCGGAAGAGUGAUACAUCUCUUGUUAAAAUAAGUUCCAAUGCAAAACAGUCGGUAAAUAAUGAAACUAUUAAUACUCUGUCCAUCACAGGAACCACCAAUAAUUGUCAUUCAACAACAGACGAUUUCAGCACACUCUUGUCAUCCUUGCACUUGGAUUCAUUCAGUAAUAGUAAUAUGGUACCGACGUCAUCUCAAAGUAGCGAAUCCGUUUCAAAAUCAAUUGUAAAAGGAAUUUUAAGUACUACCACGACGGAUCGUCCUAAAAUCAAUCACCUCUCGAUUUCCUAUUCCUCGCCAAAUCUUCAGUCCAAUAACAGUACAUCUAGUAUAGAAUCAGAUGAUGAUUUUACAUCUGAGCGGAAUGAUCUAACCGAAGAAAAUACCCAGAAACAGAAUACUGCCAUUAUUCAGGUCCCUUUUGAAGAUAAUAGUUCAGUCGAUGAAAACGAUAUAGAUGCAGAGGAAAUGUUGUCCGGUGAAAACGAUGUAGAAUACGCAGAACUGUCAAUGACACAGAGAAUUCCAUUAAAAUCCACCACUGCCAAAAACUCCCAUAAUUAUCCCACCAACAGCGUCACGAAUCUGGCCAACGCACAUAGAGCGUUGCAGAAUCAAAUAGCAUCAUCAAGUGCAGAAGCCCCAGAUGACCAUGCCGUGCUGGACGAAGAACUGAUGUUGCUUACUUUGUUUGAUGAUUCGGCAGUGAGUUCUAAUUUGUUGAGCGAUAGUGACACCGUUCUAAGUAAUCAAACUAGCAGAACUUCGUUUCGUCAACCUAUAAUAUCAGCCGGUGUAUUUGAAAGUCUAUUGGAACCACCCAGAUUGAAUGCCACCCCACUAAGCGUAAAGGACAAUAACUUAACUGAAUCUGUCUCAAAUUCUAAUACUGCCCCCUCUACGCAAAUUGAGGAGCACGACGCUUCAUGGAAUACUCAGGUUGCGCUUGAUCGCUAUGAUAGAUUAUUCAACAACAUUCAGAUGCUAGAAAAUGCAGCUGUUGGAAUUACACCAUCCAUUAAUAGCAUAGCUAAAGCGAACAUAGUCAACUGUCGCAACACAGAAGAUAUUUCUCAAUUACCAGAAACCAGUUGGUCUAUAACUGUAACCAAACCAGGUAUUGCGUGCAGUGUUGAACGGAACACAAGCCAAGAUCGUGAAUGCGAUUCUAUCAUAUCGUCGACGAAAACUCGAAAACGGGAGCGGGAUUGGGAUAAACGGCGCUGUAACAAUCUGGAAACCAACGACAGUCAAUGUGCCAUGAACUGGAAGACUAAUACUGUGCCUGUGGAUUUGAAUCUAGACGGCACUAACAGUUAUUCGAACGCGUCUAGGAACUGGAUUGGUAUUUUGAACCUAGACGGUAACAAUUUGCCUUCAUCAUCAAAAGAGCUUCAAACAAGCAUUGCAAAUGACAACAAUUUCUGGACAAAUGUAUUUUUUCCGUCCACUGCUGCUGAGAUCUCUCCAAAAGUAUUAUCGUCUGGUCGUCAACAAUGCUCAAUACCAGUAAGGCAAAAUAACCUCUUCGACGAUUACGAUAUAGUACCGUCUGCUUCAACUACUACGCUCUCCAGUAAUGCAAACUGUAUACAACCAGAUGGAAACCGUUCUGCUGUCAGUUAUUUGAACAAAUUGAAAAAAAUUAAAAAUACUCUAAACAAAAGUAGGGACAUUGAUAAUACUCUUAGCGAGAUGGCUUUUUUAUCCCGCGGUACAAACGAUGGAAAACGGAACAUCAAUAAGAAUGAUAGGUUAUUUCAUGACCCCAAUUCUAACUUGAAUGGACAGAAUUUGGCAAAUACAAAGCCACAAAAUAUUGACACAGCGAUUUUUUGCGUCCUGCAUGUAUAAUUACUACGAUCUUCAUUCACUAAUAAUCAUCCGACGAAUAAAACCUCUAACUCUGAGAAAGAAAUGUUUUAAAUAGCUAAUAGAUUCAACGUUUUAAAUAUAUCAUAGUUGUCAAAAAUGCCAAACUGAUAAUUGUUGGAGAUCCUAUGAUCGUCGGAUUGCCAUUCAUUUCCGUAGCUUAUUUUUCAGGAUUCUUCUCUUAUGCUAUCUAUAUUGAUGUUUUCGUUAUGUAUUAUUUCGGAAACCAACAGAAUAAAGUUUCAAAUCA